UAACUUUUGCAAAAACCUACAACAAACACCGCGCACUGACAGAACGAACAUGAAGGUGUGCUUGCAACUGCUCUUUUCCAUUAUUAUCAUCAAUUCAGCACUUGAAUAUUCUGACGUGGAUGCUGCUGGUAUCAGGACGAGGUCCCCCCAUACGCUGAGCAGAAAUUCAAAACGGUUAAGAAUUAUAAAGUGCUGCGGACAAAGAACUUGCACAGACCCUUUCAACAAAAAUAAGCAAACACAUGCCAAUGCCACUACUUCAUUCAAAACUCCAUCCUACAAACCAUCAAAAGAAGCGUCAACGGAAAAUGAAAAUAUGACCUCCACAAUCAACGUGAAUUCGGAGGUGGAAACGACUGAAUCCAGUGGUGAAACGGAGCCCUCCUUGAGUUCAGCAAACCUUUCUGAAUCAACAACGCAGGGAGUUUCAGUCACCGAUUCAACUUUGCCGAUUUCAACUCUACAAAAUAAUGCAAAUAAUCAAAUUAGUCAGUCGAUGAGCAGCACCAGUGACUCUUCGACAAGUCAACCUUCAUCAACUACAUCAACAGAAGCAAUUUCAACUAUGUCAACAACAAUUCCUUCAUCAAUAACAAGCACAGCAAUUGCCGUGUCAACGAUAACAACUGCAUCAACAACAAAAACUUCAACUGUCUUGUCCACUUUGACAACUGCUUCAUCAAUAUCAACACCAACAACAACUCAAACAACUGCUUCGUCAACAUCAACACCAAAAACAACUGCUUCGUCAACAUCAACACCAAAAACAACUGCUUCGUCAACAUCAACACCAUCAACAACUACUUUGUCAACGUCAACAACAACAACUGCUUCGUCAACAACUACAAUUACCACUACAACAACAACUCAAGUUCCUGAAAUCUACCCAACAUGUCAAACAAAUGUCCAGUCUAACCAAUCCUUUUUCAACUCUGACGGAACUCUUAACGAUCCUGAUAUUUAUGGCAUUUGGAUUCAGUCCUGCCAGCAGCAAUUUUUACUAGGGAAAUCGCUGGUAUCAUGGAACGAAAAUUUUAUAAAAUGUGGCCAAAUCGGAAUGGACCCUUUGGUUUUUGAAUCUCAAAGCAAACUGGAUUGCUUCGCUGCAUCACUCAAUUCGUUCAAUAUUACAAAAACUUACUGGACGUCCGCCUUCAAGAUGAACUCUAGUCAGGUUUCGUGGUGCUCAAAAAAUGGAACGACAGGCGUGGAAAAAUCUAUCCUGCUUCCGAAUAUCAUAGACGAGCAAAAAUGCCUCCAAUUCAACGCCACUAGCUCUCAAUUUUUCAACAAAAUGUGUAACGAUUCAUCAUACUUUGCUUGUCAGGGUCCGACAACUCCCGCGCCUGCAUGCUCGGCGCCUGUUUGUCCAAACAUAACCUGCGCGAAAAACCAAUCACUUUUUACAAGCGACCCAAAAGGACAAUAUUUAAGCAAGCCUCUUCUACAUGGAACUUGGUACGCAUACCAGGGAAGAAAAUUUUUAUUCAGUUUUAAUGGCAUAACCAAGACGUUCGAAGAUGCGAUUCAAGCAUGUUGUGAAUUGGGAAUGAAUCUGCUAAGUCUUGAAUACGACUACAAAUACAAAUCACUAAUCGCUUCAGCGAAAGCGACUGGGACCAAUGAUAACUUUUGGACGUCCGGUUCAGACAUGGGUUGUGAAGGAACAUACGGCUAUUGCACUGCAAAGCGGCUUCUGCGGAAAGAAGCAGUUUGGAUGCCUGGCCAGCCGGACAACUCAGGCAAAAAUCAAAACGCCUUGGCCGCUUACGUCAACGCCACUCAUGUACUUCUAUCCGAUUAUGACGAGACUACGGAACUCCGAUACAUUUGCGAGGCAAGAGAUUCCUCAAAUGCCUCAACUGGAGGAACAGCGAUUAGAAGCGAGUGUGCAAUGGCUUACAACGUUAGUCAAGCUGAAAUCGAUGGUUUGCUCAACCUGGCAUCUAUUGACCUGCGUAUAAAGUGUUUUAUGAAAUGUCUCGGGGAGAAUUCAGGAUUGUUUGUGAAUGGAAAGUUUGUCGAUAGCCAAGUAUUGGAUAUUUUGGAAAAAAUGUCUUCCGGAAAUUUGGCAGAAUUGAAGAAAAACAUGGAUUACAAGGAUGAGUGUGAACAAUCAACAACUGGUAUGGACGAGUGCGACAAGGCGGCGCAAAUGAUCCAGUGCACAAAAGAUAAAGCCCCAGAUGUGUUGAACAGCGUCAUUUCGGCCGUGGACAAUCAAACACCGAUUGAAAAAGUACAGCUUCCACCACCUGCUUUGUGUCCUGAUAUACCAGAAGGCGUUGUAAAUGAGACUUUAAAGGCGGCAUUUGAUAAUGCACCAUGGAACACUACCAUACCUGGAGGUUACGUUGGUGCCUGUUGUUGGAGGAGGUAUCUCUUUUCUGACUUUCAAAUGUAUCCCUCAGAGGGCUACAAAUUUUGCAAUUCUUACGGACUUAAAUUGGCGUGGCUGGAAAACGCGGGGGAAAUAAAUUGCAUUUGGUCAACAUGUACUACAACGCACCCUGAUGCUGUAAAAUGGACAUGGGUUGCUUUGACCAGGAACGGCAGUCUGGACAAUCCGCGUUGGUGCACGUCCUCGAUACCAUUCAGUGUGAGCGGUUACGCCAGCGUAGUGGACAACGACGUGAGUUACACCGGCUACGUCUACAAAGGGAGUACAAUGGAGUUGAUGACGUGGCAAGAAACGAGAAUUGAAUAUGUGCUUUGCAAGUAG